AUGGAUCCUGUGCUGGCUUCUGAGUCCAAAGUUGGUGACCUCGAAAAGCCCAUCAGCGAUGAAGAGCAACUGACGGCUCUUGGCCAUGUCCAAGAGCUUCGCCGCGAAUUCUCACUAUGGUCAAUCGUUUGCCUUCAAAUAUCGCUGAUGGCGACCUGGGAGGCUUUAUCAUCUGUAGUCACCACUGCUCUGACCAAUGGUGGUGCCCCGUGUUUGUUCUACAACUACCCUGGUCGGCACAAUUUUCAUUGUUCUUUCAUUAGGCGAAAUAGCCUCGAUUUACCCGACAGCGGGUGGUACGUGUUCACCUUGGCCAGUUCCCUAUGUCAAUCAAUUACUGAGGAUAGCUUGAAAACGAUAGGUCAAUACCACUGGGUGCAUUGUUUGACCCCGAAAUCUUAUCAGUCAACAGCAUCUUGGUUCACAGGAUGGAUUUCAAUUGGUGGGCAGCUUGUAUUCUCUGCAUCUGCAGCCUUCGCAGCGGGCCUACAGUUUCAGGCUCUCAUCACACUAAACAACCUCGACUCUUACACACCCACGAGAUGGCAGGGGAUGCUGUUUUACUGGCUUAUUCUGGCCUACUCAACGUCAUUGAAUAUCUGGGGAUCAAAAAUAUUGCCUCACACUAACACCGUAGCUGGGGUUUUGCACGUGGUGGGAUUUGUCGGAAUUGUCAUUGUUCUAGGCGUACUGUCGUCAAAACACACAACAAGCUACGUGUUCACUGAAUUCUCCAAUACCAGUGGGUGGAAUAGUGAUGGGGUCUCAUGGCUCGUGGGACUCUUGAGCACAGUCUACCCUUUUCUCGGAUAUGACGCAGCAUGUCACCUCAGUGAAGAGCUACCAAAGCCAUCCAGAAAUGUUCCACUGGCCAUGAUCGGAAGUGUGACCAUCAACGGUGUGAUUGGUUUAGUAUACGCGAUUGUUCUGCUCUUUUCUCUAGGAGACCUUGAAAGCUUGCUUCAGUCGAAGACAGGUUUCCCGUUCAUACAGCUAUUCCUGAAUGUCACCAAAUCAAGGGCAGGGGCAUCUAUCAUGACCCUGUGUGUGACCUUUAUUGCGACGGCUGCCAAUGCCGCCUGUGUGACAUCUACCAGCCGCACAGCUUGGGCGUUUGCGCGAGACAGAGGACUCCCGGCAUCCGAGUUUUUGUCUACCGUACACCCCACAUUGAGAGUCCCUGUGCAUAUGGUACUUGUCGUUGGGUUCCUCCAGAUGCUGCUAGGAUUGAUUUAUCUCGGCAGCUCGACAGCCUUCAAUGCAGUUCUAUCAAUGGCAAUUUUGGGGAUGUACGCAUCAUAUCUCUCCCCAAUUAUCUUCAUGUUGAUAUAUGGUCGUCGGAACUCGUCAUCAAUCGUUCGUGGUCUGGGUCUGGGUUCAUUCAACUUAGGUCCUCGAUGGGGGCCGGUGGUCAACAUCGUUGCGAUCAUGUGGCUUUUCAUAGCCAUGGUUUUUAGUACGUUCCCAACGGUUCAGCCAGUUAUACCUCAGAACAUGAAUUACUGUAUAGUUGUUACAAUGGGGUGGAUGAUGAUUGGAGGUGCCUAUUAUUAUUUAUUUGGCGGAAAGCAGCGAUUUAGCGGACCGGUUAUAGAGCUAGCCGAGGGUAUGUGA